ACUCACUUCUGCCACCGUGCACUGGACCAUGGCGGGGAAGAGAUGUGUGGUUCCCGUGCUGAAAGAGGCCGCCAGCUCUCUCAAGAAACUGCAGCUGCGCCUCUUUGACGUGGCACCCGAGGAGGAGGCCGCGACGUUUGCAGAUCUCGGAGAGCUGCACAACCUGCGUGAACUGCACUGCAAUCAGCUCUGCCCGCACCGGCCUCGCCUCAUCUCUCUCGCCUUCCAACUGGAUCUUUCCGGAUGCAGUGGGCUGGGCGGAUCUGCCGUGGCGCACGUGGCGCAGCUGCCAGCCCUCCGCACGCUGCUCCUCCAGUACAUUGACGACCUGACAGAUCUGCAGCCGAGCCUACGGCACGUCCUGGACUUGAAGCAACUGCGGUGCCUCGAUAUCCUGUACAGCGGCCACAUCAGAGCUGUGCCAUUUGAAGAAUUUUCUGUGAGGCUCGUGAACCUCAGAGAACUACAUGUGACGAAUGAGGAAGAGGAUGAGGUUUUCUACAAAAAUGUUUUUGCUGAGAUGCAGAGUCAAAUGCCUCGGCUCAGGAUAAUUAAUACUUUCCGAUGGACAGAGAAUGACUUCCUAACAGAUUACGAAAUGGAUGAUGAUGAUGAUGACACUGACAUAGGGUACUGA